AAGUGCGUUUGACCCACAGACCCUCUCUUCAGACCCCUUUCAGCUUGACAAUGGCUUGGAUAGCUUGCUUGGAAAUGUAUCUCUCGGAUGGGAGACCAAUAGUGACAUCCCUGAUGACCAAGCUUAUGAUGAGUUUGUGUUCGAUCUGGCUCCAUCUACCUUCGAUACUCCUGCGACUGUGAAUGUCGCAGACUUGAUUGUGGGGUCUAGUUCGAUGGAUGUAUCAGCAUCUGUAUCUCCUCGUGAGUUAGAUUUGCAAAAUGACAGCACCUACCACGAUCUUGCACUGGCCAAUUACUAUGGAUUCAACGAAGAUACUGCCUUCGAUUAUGAGUCCGGUUCGGAGUCUAGUUCAGAAUCUGAUAAUGAUGAUUCUAAGGACCCUGAAGAUGACGAGGAAGUGGAGAAGUCCGCAAUAGCUACAUCGUGCGAUGCAUCCAUCAGCUCUGUGAAUUUUCCUAUGCUCACUACUGAAACGAUCAUUGCAGAUGAUGUAAUCCCUAUUGCUGUCGCCUGCAAAGAAAAUCCACAACAACUGGCUAACUUGUCAGUACCCGUCGCCUCCCGGGACCCUAAUAAACGUCGCAUGGAGGAAGAUCUAGUUACCCGCAUUAGUAAUGAUCUAGGACCUGAACAUAUGUCUGGCCUUUUCAGAAUCUUGAAGGGUGGUCAUGAAGAAGAAGAGGCAGAUGAAGUAGAAGAAAUGGAAGUUGAUCUGUCAUCUCUGGAUGAGGCCACGUUGGUUGAAGUAUAUCAGUACGUUGAGUCGUGCUGUAUGCAGACCAUGGCAUCGAUUCUUGCUGCAGAACAACGUGAGCGAGCAGCAUUGGAGAAACAGAAGCAAUGCUCUGCAGAGAGGACUCCCGAGCUAUCUUGUGAUCCUUCAUCCUCAUCCUCGUUAUCCAGCUCUCCUUCUCCUUCUCACCCAUCAUCCCAUCCAGUAUCUCCUAGAAGUCGCCGGUCAAGCCAUAGUUGCCACAGUAAUAGGAAACGCAAUGGCGUAGUGUCAUCGUUGUCUCACCAUGAUUCUACUGUAACUGAGCUACAGGAUGCACUCUGGAAUGUAGUGGCAUCAGCAGCCCAUCAUCCUUAUAAGCCUCGCAGGAAACGCUCCAACACUAGCGCGGGUCGCAGGUCGCAAGAGACUCAGAUGCAGAUCCAGCAAACAGCACGAAGCCUUAACUCAGAGGAGACGCUAGUCUUGUGCGCAGUCAAGCAUGACCUUCAAGGCAAUGAGAUGGAGAUGGGUGAAGAUGACGCAGAGAUUGAUAUCGUGGGCAUCUAAGCAAGCUUUUUUGGGGGCUCUUUUCCUCCCUUGUACUUUUUACUCUACCACAACCAGCAACUUUGUUGUGUACAUGUGUAUAUUAAUGUGUAUUUUAGAUUGCGGGUUGUAGGAGACUUCCAUAGUUUUGUUUAAAAAAGUCUUUUUUGUUUUUGUUUUUGUUUUUUUUUUUUAGUUGCAG